AUGACGAAGAUUCGCAUAAAUGUUGAUAAUAAUUAUAAAUUCCUGGGUUUCUCAAUGCAUGAAAAUGGUAUUCAAAAUUAUUCAAUUCAUAAUUCCGGUUCAGACAUUAAACCAAAGAGCUCUCCUUCUACUUCUGACGGUAAGAGGAAUUCACCAUCUACUUCUGAUGCUCAAAGGAAUUCCCCUUCUACUUAUGAUGGUAAGAGAAAUUCACCGUCUACGUCUGAUGCUCAAAGGCAUUCACCUUCUUCUUAUGAUGCUCAAAGGUCUUCUACUGUGUUCCCUAAAUGGGUGAAAACUGCAAAAAGAGGCCGAAAGAGCUUAUCGACAUCAACAUCAUCUAUCGAGGAACAAAAGGAACCAGUGUUCGCAAACUCAAAGAAAGACAAAAACACAAGACUUCCAGUUAAUAAGAAGCGUAAAUUGCAAGAUAUCGUCUCUACAGAAGAUGGGUUGAAGAAGGAGAGAAUUGAGAAGGAAACUGAGGCGGAUUACAGGGGUGAAAUCAUGUUUGAUACUUUGAAGAAGACAUAUUUAGAAGCAAGUCACCAGCAGAUAACAACUUUGCCUUCUGAAACAUUCAAUUGUGCUUUUUGUGGCAAACCUUUCAAUAGUUAUCAAGCUUUGGUUGGUCAUAAAUCCAGCUGCAGGAGCAAUCCCUUGAAAAAAGAAGUAGUCAAAUCUGCAGUGCAAGAUUCAAACGCAACUUCAAAGAUCCAUCGAUGCAAAAUAUGCAGUAAGGAGUCUCUGACAGGUCAGGCACUAGGAGGGCAUCAAAAGAGUCAUAAGACAGGAGAAGUUGAACCACUCAAUGAGUCUUUACAUGUAUUUCAGUCAUCCACAUCAUCAGUUCGAGAAGAGCAAGCCGAGGUACCAAAUAAGAAGAUUAUGAUGUUCGACCUCAACGAAAAUCCACCAGAGGAGGAUGAAGAUGAAACUGAGUUAAAAUUGUAA